GACUAAUUUUACUCGGCUCAGCUCAACACCCUCAUUUCCACCAAUGUCCUACGCACGCUCCUUGGCGAAUUCAGGCAUCCAGCUUGCAAACGCGUAUCCGCUCGCGGCGUCUUUGCUUCUGGGUUUCGGAGCAAUCACUAUAGCCAAGUUCUGUUAUAGGACCCUUUCACUCAAGCGAUACGGUGCGAAGAAGGGAGCAUGGGCAAUUGUCACGGGUACCUCGGAUGGAAUUGACAAAGAAUUUGCGUUCCAACUGGCUAAAGCAGGCUUUAAUGUCUUUUUAGUCGCUAGAAACCUAGAGUUAUUGGAUACUGCUGCUGCUGAGAUCGCCAGCAAGUACUCCGUGUCAACCCAAACUGCUUCAAUAGACUUUGCGAAAGAUGACGAUGCUGCCUAUGAAAUUCUUAGUCAGAAGUUUCAGGGACUUGAUGUUGGUGUCUUGGUCAACAAUGUUGGGAAAUCGCACGCGAUGCCUGUCUAUCUCGUUGACACACCCAAAGAAGAGAUGGCUGACAUUGUCUCCAUUAAUGUAAACGCUACAAUGAGAGUCACGUAUUCCAUUCUUCCUGGCAUGAUUCACGGGAAGCGAGGACUGAUAUUGAACAUAGGCUCUUUCGCAGGAGCCAUCCCUUCUCCCAUGUUGGCCACUUAUUCGGGAACCAAGGCUUUCCUUGCUACUUUCACCAGCGCUCUCGCAGAAGAAGUCCGACAACAUGGAAUCACGGUGGAACAUAUCAACACCUACUUUGUGGUCUCAAAAUUAUCCAAGAUUCGCAAAUCCUCAACUUUGAUUAGCAU